AUGGCGAACCCAAACCAAUCCGUCCGGACAUGCAUACUAAAAGUCGAUUUAAAGUGUUGCACCGGUUGCCAAAAGAAAGCAAGCACAAGGCUACAGAGUCUCUUUGGCGUAACCGCAGCGGAGUAUAACGCAGAAAAAGGGCUCAUGACAGUCACAGGCGACGUAAAACCGAUGGCUCUGGUCAAUAAACUAACCAAAUGUGGCAGAAAAACAGAGCUUGUGUCAGUGAACUACAAGCUUGACGAUCUCAUCAGUGAUGAAGAAGAAGAAGAAGAAGACGACACUUCUGAUACAUCUUCUUCUUCCGACACCAGUUCAGAACAUGAUCCUAAACCCAUGAAACGUGAGACCCAAGUAAAAAAUCAUGAUUCUAAACCCAUGAAACGUGAGGCCCAAGUAAAGACGGCAAUGAAGACGAAGAAGAAGGAGGGAAUACUAAGAAAGUAUCUUCUUUUAGGGUGUUGCAGAAGCAAACCAAAGGUUGUUCAGCCUUUUAUACAGAACCGUGUCUGGCAAGGCUCAUCGAGGUUUGGGAGUGGCCCUCCUCCAUUUCAGAUGAUGCAAGCACAAGGAUUACGUCCGAUGAUGAUGCAACAACAACAACAACAACCACAAGUUCCGAUGACAGGAGCAGCAAUGCAAUACAAUAAUAUGCCCUGGUAUUGGCAAGGUCAACCACCACAACAUCAACCUUAUUACAUGUCAAGGGAGCAACCCAAGGUCGGCCCGGUUGACGUUGGUCUCCAUUACCAGUGA